AUGUCUUCCAUUGGCGGCAAAGGUGCUGAUUCGAACCUUCCCCUGGCUGGGAUCAAGGUGGUAGAAUUCUCCGGAUUGGCGCCUGGUCCGUUCGUAGGAAUGGUGCUGGCAGACUUCGGAGCGGAUGUGAUUCGAAUCGACAAGACAGGCACAGGUCUCAACCCGGACAGCCUGUGCCGUGGCAAACGCUCGUUCGCGGUCUCGCCAAAGAGCGCUGACGGAAAUGCACUGAUCGCACAGCUGGUUCGAUCUGCCGACAUUGUCAUCGACCCUUUCCGUCCCGGCGUGCUGGAAAGGCUCGGACUGGGACCGCAAGACUUUGACAAGGAGAUCAAGAAGGGGCUGGUCUUUGCUCGCCUGACGGGAUUCCAGCGCACGGGACCGUACGCCAACAUGGCGGGACACGACAUCAACUACAUUGCGCUGAGCGGAGUGCUCUCGAUGCUGGGCAACGCGGGAGGAAAGCCACAGCCUCCGUCGAAUCUGCUGGGAGACUUUGCGGGCGGAUCGAUGAUCUGCCUGCUGGGCAUCUUGCUGGCGUUGGUGGAGCGGAGUCGUUCGUCGCAAGGACAGAUUGUCGAGGCGGACAUGGUGACGGGUGCUCGAUACGUGUCGUCGUUCGUGCUGCUUUCGAGUUACCUUUCGCAUCCAAGCUGGGGUGCAAUUCACAGCGACGGUACGGACGAUACACGCGGUCAGAACACGCUGGAUGGCGGCGCACCCUGGUACGGUGUAUAUGCAUGCAAAGACGGCGGUUACAUGAGCGUCGGCGCCAUCGAGCCCCAGUUCUACAAGCUACUGCUGGACAUCCUUCGCAAGGUGCUGCCGCAAGCACCUGCAGGCACCCAACACCCUUCGCCCAGCACGCAGCACGACCGGGAUACAUGGCCAGACUUGCAGCGAUACUUCAGUGCGUGCUUUGCGCAGCUUCCUCGAUCCGAGUGGGAACGACACUUUAUCCGCACCGAUGCCUGCACUGUACCCGUCCUUACUCGAGAUGAAGCGGCGCUUUCCGGCGUGUUGCCAGCAGCAUCAGCAGAGAGCGUGUCGGACGGCAACCCGGUCAUCCCAUCACCUGCGCCGAGGUUGUCGCGAACGCCUGCCAACCCACCUUCGGGAAGCGCGGGUGGUGAGUGGGAGAGCGAAGGAGCCGAGAUGCUGCUCACGCCUGGUGAACACACCGAUGACAUCUUGCUCGAGUUGGGUAUCAGCGACGCCAACAAACGGAUCGAGCUGUACCGAAGCGAUGCGGUGGAUGGUCCCGAUCGCCCCGAAGGGCUUACCAAGUCGAAGCUGUGA